AUGAAAGAGGUAGAAGGAAAAGUGAGACGAACAAGGAAUUUAAAGAGGUUGACCGCAGUUGGAAUAGUAUUUGUUAUUCUAAUAUGGGGGUCGUCCUUCUUGAUAUCUUCCAUUGACCAUUUUCUCACGACUUUGGAAACAAAGUCAUAUCACGACAUUCAUUUCCAUGUGCAAGAGUUUGAAUCAGAGCUGAAUGAAGCAAUAUUUGCAACCCCUUCAAACAAGCCAACUGAGUUUGGAGACAAAAUUCCAUUGAAUAAGAAAAUCUUUGACGAGCAUGUAUUGACAGCGAAACAACAUCAAAUUCAAUGGAUCAGGGCACCUUCAUCGAUAUAUGAUGAUAGGGGUACUUAUGUGAUCAAGAAUGAAAAAAAAGAUGAUGAUUUUGAGGUGGUGAUAAAGUCAGUUGCCGAUGAAGAGUACAAUCAAGUUUUGAUUGAGAAGUCACGAUUUAAAUAUAAAGAUGCCGAUUAUAAAAUCGAAGACUUUAUUGCUUCACCCGACUUGCAAAAAGUCAUUCUCAAGACAAAUGUUACAUCUCAAUGGAGACAUUCUUCGGUUGGGCUCUACUGGGUUUUAGAAGUUGCCACGCAGCAAGUAGAGCCGGUGUUCAAUGAAAAAAUAUCCACAGUUUCAUGGUCUCCUGACUCAUUGAAAGUGGCGUUUAUUUACAACAAUAAUAUCUAUUUGCAUGAUGUAUCACUGAAUGAAGCUUUGCAGGUCACAAAGGAUGGCUCGGUGGAAAUUUUCAACGGUAAACCAGAUUGGGUUUAUGAGGAAGAGGUGUUUGGAACUGAUCUUGUUUUAUGGUGGUCUCCGACUGGUGACAAAUUUGCAUUUUUGAAAUCAAACAAUUCGGAAGUACCUGAAUUUGUUAUUCCAUUCUAUGCUCAAAAUAACUUUGAAGACUAUCCUGAAAUUGUGAAGAUAAAAUACCCAAAAGCUGGUUACCCAAAUCCCAUUGUUGACAUAUGGACCUAUGACUUGAAUGAGAGCAAAGCCAGGAAACACGAUUUAAAGUCAAAGAAUAUUGAGUUGUCAGAGAGAUUGAUAACCGAGGUUGUGUGGGUAGGGGACGAAGUUUUGGUUAAAACCUCCAACCGUGCCAGCGAUUUACUUGAAGUCUACCUCGUUGGAGAAGAAUCGAGAUUAGUCAGGUCUCACACAGCUGAAAAAUCAUGGUUUGAAAUUACCUCACACACGGUCUUUGUUCCCAAAAACGAGGCGGCAGGGCGCCAAAAAGAUGGAUAUAUUGAUACCAUCGUUGAUAAUGGGUUCAAUCACUUGGCAUAUUUUUCACCGCCAGACGCCUCCGAGUAUGAGCUAUUGACUAAGGGGAAUUGGGAAGUUGUUGGUGGUGUUGGAGCUUUUGACCACAAUACAAAUGCCAUUUAUUUUACAAGUACAUUGAAAUCCUCAAUCGAGAGACAUGUUCAUUCGGUCAACUUGUUGGACAGAUCUGAUGGUGGCUUUCCAUAUAUUAGGGAUAUAACAGCCAAGGAAGGGUAUUACUCAUCCUCAUUUUCAUCAGGUGCACGAUUCUUAUUUUUGUCGGUAUUGGGUCCAGAUGUUCCCAAACAACAAAUAAAUGAUUUGCGAUUGGAGAAGAAAGUGAAAAUCAUUGAAGAUAACUCGGAGUUGAUUGAGAAAUUGAGAAAGUACGUGGUUCCAGAAGUAAGGUACAGUACUGUUGAAUUGAAGGACGAAGCCGAGGAACCUUUCCUAGCCAAUGCCGUUGAAAUUUUACCAUUGAAUUUUGACAAAAAGAAGAAGUACCCUGUGUUGUUUCAGAUUUAUGGGGGUCCUGGAUCCCAAACAGUUGACAAAAGAUGGUCAAUCUCUUUCAACUCUUUAGUAGCUGCUGAAUUAGAUGCAAUAGUCGUUACUGUUGACGGAAGAGGUACCGGAUACAAUAAUUUGAAUCACAAGUUGGGUGCAAACUUUAAAUUCAUAGUGAGAGACCAAUUGGGCAAGUAUGAACCAAGAGAUUUGAUAUCGGCUGCUAAUAUGUGGGCAAAAAAAUCGUAUGUCGACCGUGAAAGGAUUGCCAUUUGGGGCUGGUCGUAUGGAGGGUUCUUAACCUUGAAAACGUUAGAAACUGAUGAAAAAAAUCCCGUAUUCAACUACGGUGUUGCUAUUGCACCCGUCACUAAAUGGAAAUUAUACGAUUCUAUCUACACAGAGAGAUAUUUGAGAACACCACAAGAUAACCCACUGGGUUACGAAAUAGGUUCAAUUCACAAUGCUACCAACUUCAAGCAUGUCAAAAAAUUUUUCAUUGGUCACGGAAGUGGUGAUGAUAACGUUCAUGUUCAACAUUCUUUGCAAUUGUUGGAUGAGUUUAAUCUAGCCGAAGUAGAAAAUUUCGAAUUUAUGAUUUUCCCCGAUUCAAACCAUGGAAUGACAUACCAUAAUGGACAAAAAGUUGUGUACGAUAGAAUUUUAGAUUUCUUCAAAAGGGCGUUCAAUUAUGAGCUCGAUUAG